AUGUAUUUAUUUUGUGAGGACAACAUUAUUGAGCAGGCAGAAGAAAACAUUCAGGAAGCAGAAAUUCCAAACGAAGAAGAGGACUUCGAUGUGACAAAUUUUCCAGAAAAUGAAAACCUCCGAAAGAUAUUUAUAGAAGAGCGUCUCAUAGAAGCGGUUCGGAGACGACCGCCUCUUUGGAAUUUCAAGCUUCCAGUUGCACAAAGAGGCGUUCGGAACAAAGAGAAGUUGUGGAAGGAUGUGGUCGCAGUUAUGAAAGGUGUGGUUACUCUAGCUGAAGCAAAAAAAAAAUGGAAAUCCCUCUCGGAUGUGUUUAGGAGGCAUCGAAAAAAUGCGGAGUUGCCAAGUGGCUCAACAGCUCGAAAGAUGAAGAAGUGGGUUCAUUAUGAUAGAAUGAACUUUCUUCUAGAUAUAGAUCUUCUUCAAAGCGAGUAUGUAUGA